UCGCCUCUGCAGCCUCGGUGGACCGACUGCUGGAGGCCGGCGUCAGGGGGCGCCAAGGAGCCGGGGGGAACCCGGGCUCCCGCCUCCCUGCGCCCGCCAGAAGGCUGGGGCUCUGAGGAUGCAGCAGGAUGGACAGCUCGCCCAGAAAGACCCAGCACAGAGGAUACUAAGAGCCGGGGAUGCAGAUCCAGAUGGUUUGGUGUGAUGCGAGAGAUAUUCUUUAUAAUCCUGUGUGUGGCCCUGCUUCAUCGUCUCAUGUGUCUGGAUGAGGUUUAGACUAGAAGAUUAACACCACUCACACAAACUUCAGCUCUACUUUAAAAGAAGUUUCUACAUAAGCUUUUCUACCAAUUCUUACAAGGAUGGGUUUCGUAGGGGCUGGCUUCUCCACAGCAGAAUUAACAGCUCACAAAAUCAUCCUCAAAGACUACUAGUGCUGCUGGUGGCCUUGAACACUCCAGAAGCCUGAGGAGAAGCAUUGGCUGCAUGCAGAAGACCUAUAUGGGAGUCUCUGCCUCCGACGGUUUCAGAAAGCUUUCGCUGACUAACUGAGAAGAUGCAGAAGAUCUCGCAGACAGAUGAAAUUACCGAUAACCAAGUUCUUAGGAAAAGGAAGAGGAAACGGACAGAGACAGUGAACUCAGAGAAUGCAAAUAGUGCCAUGGAUAAAGCACAGAGAGACCCAUAUUCAGGAAAUGCCUUCCUGCCUGGCGAGAGCUCCAGUGAUGACGAAACCCCCUUAGCAGAACUGUCCAAGGAGGAACUUUGUACCAAAAUCAAAAACCUGAAGGAGAAACUAACGAACAUCCGGAAGGAAAACAGUCGGCUUCGACAGUCUUUGGUCAUGCUACAAGUGUUACCACAGGCAGUCACCCAGUUUGAAGAACUGGUUGCAGUGGCAGAGACCCUGCUUAAAGGUGGGGGAGUGGUGUCCACACCUGCAUCUACUCUCUGGAGAUCAACCAACAACUCCUCCCCAGACUCUUUUGCCUCUCUAUGCAGUAAUUCCAACUCCAGUUCCAGCUCCCCAAGUUCCCUGAAGGCUGAGGAGGAGCAGCCUCCUGGCGAGAAGCAGUUCAAGAUUGAAAACUGGCAGAUUGCACGUUGUAAUAAGAGCAAGCCUCAGAAAUUUAUUAAUGAUUUAAUGCAAGUUCUUUACACAACUGAAUACAUGGCCACACACAGUCUGACUGGGGCCAAAUCCUCCACUUCAAGAGACAAAGUUGUGAAACCAGCUAUGAAUCAGAAUGAAGUUCAAGAAAUCAUAGGAAUAACGAAGCAGGUGUUUCCCAGCGCAGAUGACAUUUCCAUCAGAAGGAUGAUAGGACAGAAACUCAAUAACUGCACCAAGAAGCCGAAUGUGGGCAAAAUGCUUAACUCUCAGGAUAUUAAGUAGACCCAAAUGGUAUCUUAAAAUAAAGCAUGUUUGGUUUUACGUCAACCAUUGGAUUUUGUGGAGACACAUCAGAGACCAGCUGUAUGGCGUCUGUAGAACACAUGGCCUUCCUGGUGGAGCAAAAGACUGGCCGAAGAAGCUGCAUGCAGAGUCCAUACUAAUUGCUAGCGAUGCAUCAACCCAGAGAAUGUCUGUCAAACACGCAUGUGAUAUGGUUCCCUUGGAAAUAUGCAUUUCUCAAAGCCCCAAAUACUUCCCUGGACAACUAACAUAAGAUAAUAUAAGCUCUUAUCAUAGCAACAAAAGCAUCUACCCUCCAGAUCGGUCAACGUCCUCCACAAACAGCAUGCAUUAUUACCAUCGGUGAUUCCCCAUGAUGCUGUUUGUUUGCUUUUUGGAUGUAGCAAGCGCGUUGAGUGGAAAUGCAAUUGAAAUAAUACAUUUACAAAUACAAAAGGAGCAAAGUGAGCCUAAGGGAUGAUAACCGCAUCUAACCAAGUGGUGAUGAUGUAACAUUAAGGUGAAUAGGAUUAUGGGAAAAAACAAAAACAAAAAUCUUUUCAAUAUUAAGUUGUCCAAACACAAUCCUAAAAGCCCCAAAUCUCAUUUUUGUUUGUUAAAAUGAUGCACCGAAUUUUAUAAUAGACUCUUAGUCUGUGAAGCAGACGUACCUCCCAAUAUUCGUUGUCCAACGUGUACUAGUUACAAAUUGUAAU